AUGCAGGUGCUCCCGGCCCGCGCGCAGCUCGGCGGAGGGAGGGCGCGGGGCGGGGCGGGGCGGGCGCGGAGCGAGCCGGCCCCCUCGGGGCUGUGGGGCGGCCCGUGGGCCGAGCUGCCCCCUAGAGGCGCCUUCCCGCCGCGCGCGCCCCGGCCCAGCCCCGCACGCACCGAUAUAAGCGGCGCGGCCGGCGGCCCGAGAGCGCAGUGCCUGGCGAGCGGCGCCCCGAGAGGACGAGCGAGGCGCGCGGAGACGGCGAGGUAGGGAAGGGAAGGGAAGGGAAGGGAGGGCGGCUUGCCCGGGCGCGUCCCGCCGCCAGGCUUCUUUGUUCGGCGCCGGCCAUCGGCCCGGAAUGUCUUUGUGCGCGGCGGCGGCGAGCGAGGUCCCUUCUCCGUCUGCGGAGCCGAGCGCGGCUCUGGCCAGGGAGGGCGAGAAGCGGAGCGCCGGGCCAGCCGAGCCGCGCUGCUUCCCGCGGCGCUCCUCUCCGGAUAUCGGCGUCGCCCUCGUCGCUGCGCCGCCAGAGCGGAUGGAGGGCGUCCCGGGGCGGGCAUCUUCCUUCGGGAGAGUUUCCUCGUUGGGGCUGCCGGCUGGGCAGCCUGAUCGCCAAGCGAGUUGCAGCACUUGGGCUGCACGUCCCUUUCCAAAUGCAUGAUUUUGGGUUGGUCAGUGGGGCAGGUCAGAAAGGCAUAAUAAUAAUGAAGUGCCUGGAAUUGCAGCCUGUAGCCCUAUUGAUAGGGACCCAGGUGGCACUACCAUGCACACUGAAGAAAGUGGGGCUUACUUCUGAGUAAGCGUGCAUGGCAUCAGCCUGCAGAGCUACAAUGCUGACCACAUGUCCUUGGGGGUGUGCACAUCAAAUGCACUGUGGUGUUUUGGGAUGACAUUGCACGUGUCAAGGGACUCUCAGCAGAAAUGGGCUGCGGGCGACAGUCAGUGCUUUUGAUCCUCAGUGCUAGUCAGGCCAGUUAACAAAGGAGAUUUACAUCAAGGGGAAAUGCUUUGGCCACAUCACAGGAAUCUGUAUGAGGACUGCACUCCUAAGCACACUCAUUAGAGAAGUAAGUCUCAUUUACCCUAAGCAAACAUGCUUAGGAUGGCAGGACUCAAACCAACAACUUCAAGUUACAAGAAAGGAGAUUGCGACUAAGCAUCAGGACAAAAUUUCUGAUAGUAGGAGCUGUUUGACAGUGGAACAGACUCACCCAAGGAAGUAUUUUACCAGAGGUUGGGUGUCCAUCUGUCAUGGAUGCUUUAGCUGAGAUUCCUGCACUGCAGGGGGUUGGACUAGAUGACCCCUGGGGUCGCUUCCAACUCUACAAUUCCGUGAGUCAAUGAUUCUAGGAUCACAUUGCAGAAGUUUCACAAAGCCACACUUUGAAAAGCAAGAGAACUUGUCACCUGCUCUUUUGUAUGCGUAUCCCUGUUUCAAUAGGAAGCUAAACACCCCUAGAGAAAGAAGAGCUGCUUUUGUUUUGUUGUUGUCAUUUCUUGGGGUCAGGCAGUCUAGCGGAGCUCCUUCGCUGACAAGCAUUCAGGGGUUGGGCAGUAAACAGCCACCCUGUAACUUUCAGCAGUAAUGAGGAGUUGUAAAGUUACUCUGUUUAGUUGCUAAAAGCAGGAUAAUGAGGGUUAAAAGAAAAAAGUCAGAGUGCCUCAUUAAAAGUUUUAUGAUCCUCUGAAAGUCUUAGUGGGCAUUCCCAAGAAUAUUUUAUUCUGCAAAGUUUCAUUCAAGGCUAUGGCAACUUUUUGUUUGUUUGUAAGUUUAGAUGUUGCCGUUGAGUCUCAGACUUGCAGGGGAAAGUGACAAAGAGUUGUGCAAAGAGGCCCGUGUUUCUCUUCCCUGAAUUUUCCACCAGCAGAAGGUCUGAUUCAUUGCCAAAGGGUUCCAGGAACAAGUUUUCUUUAAAAAGAGAAAGGGACUCCUCCCUUGCCUUGCACAUUUCAGAUGUUUCUGUGUGUUUGCCACUGUUUUAUUAAAUAAGCUACAAAGAGUGAAAUGUUAAAUGUUCUUUUUCUGUCAACUUUUGACUAAACAGAGCAGACGUUAGGUAGGAAGAGUCACGUGGUUUGAUGGGGGAAGAAGCAAAGUGUACCACAAAGACACUUUCCACAAGGAAUCAUUUUUCUUUGAACAGGCUGAUAUACUUCAGCAGACACCACACCAGAAAGAAAGGAGCCAUGCUGUUAUUUUAAUUGACUUUAUUAAUAGGUAGCAGCAUUGCCUAUAAAUGUCUUCCAAUAUCGCAUGCCAUCUAAUAUUGCCUGCCUAGUUUUGAAGGUGUAAAAUGGUAUUAAGUUGGGUUCAUGCCCUGUUGGUUUGCUUGAUCUCAGUCACAGAAUCCAAGUUGGGGAGCUGUUGGCAGGACAGCUUUGUGAGCUUGUGGAAGAGGAGCUAAAGGAAAUGAGAACUUCAGAAUAUUUAGCUAAGACGUUCUGUGGAUGGUUGAGAAGAUACAGAGCAACUUUCAUGUCUGUUUUUCAGAUACACUGCAUAUGUUUGCACCCAGCCUUAACAACACAAAUAAGACCCUGAUGCAAUUUUUUCUACAGCUCCUUUAUCAUGUCUGUUUGAGGUGAUUCUUUAGGGCAUUGGACUACUGUUUUUCAGGCAUGCUUAAUAAAAGUGAGUGAUGUGUUUGACCUCACACUGAGCUGCUUUUAAUUCCCUUAAUCCAAUUGUUCAGAUCCUGUUCUUACACUUGGACGGACUGGACUUGGUAGUUCUGGGUUGGGAUGGCAGUCAGGUGGCUUCUUAGAAAUACUUCCACAGUUUUGCUUUUAACAAUUGUAGACAAAGAACAUCAGUAUUCUACUCCUUAUGCAGAAUGAGACGAUAGGCUGACAUGACAGAAUUCUGGGCUGUGUCUCUUCGGAUGGCAAGUGUAGUUCUGUAUUUUUUAAAGCUCCCUCUCUUAAAAAAACACUUUGUUUAGAAAAGUGGGAUAAAGAUUUGCCCAGCCCCAGCCCUUGAUGUACAAGGUAGGACGUUUUUUACAUGGGAAACAUUCAAAAUAAGAACCCACCCUGCAGUCUGAAUUUCACCACCUGAUUAUCCAUAAUGGGCAGAAUGAUUUGAAGUUUGCAGAAUUGGGUUCUGCAUAUUAAUUCCAAAAUGCCAAAGGCCAUGUUAAAAGUAAAUUUGCAGCUAUGCAGAAACAAAGGAGUGUGCUUUAACUCCAUCACGCUUUGCUUCUUGAAGGCAAAGGGGACAAGGGGAGCUAUUUGUCUGUGUGAUUUGGUUACGGCAGCAAACAUCCUCUCACAGAAUCAAAUUCUUUCUUGGGCAAAGGAAAAGGAAAGGGCGAGCUGGGAAAUCAAGUGCCUGGGAGGACUUGGUUUUUUAUGUAUGAAGAGGAUGAAUGAAUAACAGGGAAGACUGUAUAGAUCUUUGUUUUCCUGCUAUGAUUCCAGAUGUGGACUGUUUCAGAAACCUGAUUUCUCUGUCAUCCAACCCACCUGCAGUUCCUUUAAGAGCAGCCAUAGAACAGUUACCCAGCCUGCCAUUCUCGCUGCCCUUCUAAAUCGAGAGUAAGGGGCAGAAUAGCUCUGGUCUCCCUGGCCAGAGGACUGAGACCCCCCCCCCCAGCUCUGCUUACUGGAACAAUCCCAGACAAUAGCCAGACGGGUCUUCUACUGCAAUUGUCUUUGGAUAUGGCUGUCCCUGAUCUUCAAUAUCAACAGCUAAUCCCCGUGGCGAUUUGAGCAUAUCACUUUUCGGGCUGCGGCUGAGCAUUGUUGGCAUGCAAGCAUCUAAAUAGCAUCAUGGGGUCUUGCCACACAAACAUUGAGGUGGCUGCAGAAUAAAAGUAGACUGGGCAGCACAGUUUCUCAGGCCUGUCCUGGGAGACUUCUGACUGGCAUGCGGCAGGACCUCAGAGCCAUUCAUUAACAAACAGUCAAGAUUGCUUUGUUUUACGUUUCAGCUGGCACACUGGGCUAGACUCCCUUGCUAUUCUGGGGUGAGCACUGGCAGGGGGCCACAAAGCCUACAAUCAGCUUAAAUCCUUUUCUUUCAUGGGCUGUUAUUCUAUCCCAUUGCAGGGAGGAGGGGCAUGGCUUUUGCUAGGGAAUAGUAACUCACCCAAUUGUUGAUUUCACCGUGUUGAUCUAGCACUACCCUUGAUCAAUCUGAGCUCCUUUUUGAAAACAUUUGCUUAAAAUUCACACUGAAAUUCUCAUUGCAUUAGUUGGAAUGUGAUGCUUUUAGUGGGACAGUUAAAGUGUAAUGAGCUGUUGAUUCCACAACAUUAAACCAAGUUACUUUUAAUGUGCUUGACUCAGUCAGGAGAUUCCUUUUUUAGUUUCCAUUUCCAUUGUGGUGAUAAGCCAGUACUGUCAGCUGCAGUAAGCUGAUUAAGGCAAGUCAAAGCAAACAUGCCUGAAUCCUGCAUAUAAGCAAGUAAAACUAGAUUUUAUUUUCUAGUUUAAGCAUAAUUGAAACUACUUUUCCACUCACCCCUGUCCUUACAGAUUGUAGAGUAUUAGUAGUAACUUAAUUCUUUAAAGCAAAUAAAUUAUUUUACUAGCUAGUUAGUAUUAGGAGUGAAACUAAUGGGUAAGAUACAUCUAGACAAUUUAAAAUAGAAAUGAUGAACCCUUUGAUGAAUAGGCUAAAUAAAUGUGUUGAUUUCCUUCAUUUACACAAGUUGAGUACUACAUUCCAAUUGUGUAAGUUGCUCGCAUUGUUUUUGCACUGAAUGUCAGAGGAGAAGAGAUAGGAAGAAAGGGUAGUAACUGAAAGCCCUCCCAAGGUAUAGAAGUCCCAGGGCUACAGUCUAAAAGUCAUGUAAUGCAGCAACCUUGUUGAAGCUAAGCAGGUUUGGACCCGUUCAGUACCUGGAUGGGAGGACUACAGUUCCUGUAGUUUUGGACUACAGUUCCCAUGAUCCCUGACCGAUGGUCCUGCUAGCUAGGGAUGAUGGGAGUUGUAGUCCAAAAACAGCUGGAGACCCAAGUUUGGGAAACUCUGCUCUAAUGAGUUCCAGCUUCUCUGAGUCGUGUGGUUGUAAAUGACAUGGUUUUUUUUCUUGCUAAUAAGAUUUUCUUGUUGGUAUAACUUUAAUUUUUUUUUAGUAUCAACACGAGGUGAAUGCAUAGAAAUAUCACAUCUCUGCCCCAUGGACAUGCCAUUAGAUGUCCAAAUCAGCGGCAGCAGAAGCAGUUAGCGACUUGCAGGUGAACGAGCAGUGAUGAACAGGGAUGUAGAGAACUAAGUGACAUGGGUGGUGCAGGCAGGUAACGUGGGUAGUUUCAUGACAAAAUUCGCACUCUUUUUAUUCCUUUGGGAAACAUGUAUUUUAACCAAAUUGUUUGUGUGAGGCCUCCUCAGUCUGUUUUCAUGAAAUAUGAGGAAGAUGGCCCUGAUUCCCUGAUAGCCACAUGUUUGUUUACUGAUACAGUGGUACCUCUGGUUACAAACUUAAUUCGUUCCAGAGGUCCAUUCUUAAGUUGAAACUGUUCUUAUCCUGAGGCGCGCUUUCGCUAAUGGCGCCUCCCGCUGCGCGACUUCUGCUUGCAUCCCAGGGCAAAGUUUGCAACCAGGAGCAACUACUUCCGGGAUAGCGGUGUUCAUAAUCUGAAGCGUGCGUAACCAGAAGCGUUUGUAAACAGAGGUACCACUGUAUCUAGAACUGGGCCAAAAUGACCCAGAAAUUCCUAGGCAAAUGUUUUUUACAGAGACAUUUCAUUUUCUCACCAACCUGCAUUUCCUCUGAAUAAUCUCCAUUUAUUUGUGUGCCACCCCCUUCAUGCUUGAUCUGGGACAUUGUGGAGGAUGCAAAAUGGAGGCCAUGUUGCAACCCCAUGGUUGCUGCUGCUGUUGCCAGUUGCAAGAGCAGCAGUACCCAAAACAACACCACCCCCAGUUGGGAGGGAAGAAAAUAAAAGAAGUCGUUUUACUGCCACUGCUAAUGGUGAGUCUCACACUCAAGCAACUGUUUAAGAAUUUAUGUUUCCCUGGAUAAAUGUCAUGAAAUAUACCCCAAUGUUUCUGCCCACAAAUAAAAUGCAAAAUUCUGAGAAGCCUUUUGCACACUUGUCAGAGAUGUACCUAAGCUCCCUUGCACCACUGGCAAGGAGGUGUAUUUGUGCUCCCCCCACAUCCCUUGUGCCCUUGGCAAGGAGAUGUACUGGCACCUCUGAAGCCAGGAGAGACCAUGGACAAGAAACUCAAAAGUGUUGCUUUUCAUUGCCUUUCUCUUAGGAGGGAGCCCUGGAGGGCUGCUCGAUGGCCCAUGCCAGUGACCGGAUUCCUCCACCGAGCCGCCCAGAAGUGCCUGUGUGCCCAUCAAAGCCACCCAGAGCAGUGGCAGGGCAGCCAGUGAGCAGGCAGCCAGUGGGGCAGGCUCCUAGCCACUCCAAGCCAGAGGGAAGAGGCUUGAUUUUUGUGUCCCCUUCCCUGCCGGGCCUGUGCCUUUGGUGGUGGCCAAGCUGGCCAACCCCCAGAUCUGCCUCUGCACAUGGUGCUAUGUCUGUUGAUUGUUUUUAAAACGAAAGAAACCUGCAAAUUUUGGAGAGGUUGUACCAUAAUUUCUGAUAUAUAUAUUUUUUCAGUAGAGGGCAGUAUAUUCUGAGCAGUAGUACUAAAACCAAUCUUGCUUUGCCAAGGUAAACAGUGUUCCUUGCUCUGAAAGAGCAUGCAGCUUUAAUACUUGCAAGCACACAUACGCUCUGUAUUAAUAUCUUGUUAAACACCAUUUGACAACAGUAAGAGUGGGAUUAAAAUAUAUUGCAGGGGUUGGUGACAUGAAUAAACAAGGGAUUACCUGAAAUCAAAGAGAAGUGAGUGAGUCUUUGUUGUGAAGUUGGAUGAGCUCUGUGGCAUCUGUCCAGGGUCCUGAGCCUUGAUGAUGUGUGGAUGUUUGUCUGUCUUGUGAAAAAUCUCAGUAAAGAAAGAUAAAUCAGAUUGCGUUAGGGUCAAACUAGGUAUGAUAUGGUAGAUCUAUGAGCUUUAUGCUCAGAUAAACAGGUUUCGCUGGAGGUAGGCUAAGCACAAUGGAAGAAGGUAUAGAACCAGUGGUUAAAUUUGCCUUUCCCCCUAAGUACACUUUCCGUACUGGAUCUCAGCAGUGGAGAAGGUGAUGUUUGGAGGACAGACCUUGUAUGUGAGGAGGGCUACCCUCCUCUCCACGCAUGCAACCCCUUUGCUGCUAAAAUAUAGCUUCUUCCUGGUGGUGGGAGCUCUGGGUUUAAACAACAGAUUUGCUACCAUCGUGUUUUGAGUUUGGUCCUCAGGAAGGACAUUGGAGAACCCAACUUCUCUUUAUUUUUACUUUUUGUAUUAAAACUUGCCUUAUCAGGUCAGCUUACAGUGAAAGAUUCAAAACACUUACAUAAAGAUAAGACAAAAAGAGCAAAUCUGUGCAGUUAGUCCCUUUCUGAUCCUGUUCUCUCUCUUAUCCAAUACUACAGCAGCUUGUGGAGGAGCAGAAGAGAGAAAGAGAAAGAGAAAGAACUUGGAAUGGACAAUUGUGGGGCAUAGAUUUGUUGGUGUUUUGGAAAUAAACAGCUGCUGCACCUUAUACACCCUAGAAUUAGUGAAGCAGUUGGGCUGGGCAUUUAAAUUGCAUCUUAAAAUUCAACGUCUGUAUAAACACUAUUAAUCCAUAGAUUUGUCCAACCAGCAGAUUAAUAAAAACAACUUCAGUUCAGCAGCCUCACACCCCAGGAUUUUUCAAAAGAUGAAAGGGAAUUGACUGGUUUGGCCUUUUUAGAAGGGGAGAAAGCCACCACGAAGAAUAUCCUGUCCUUUUCACUAGAUGACCAGGGCAUUCUGAGUGGGGUGUUCCUUGCCAAUUGGGGGGAGAUAGAAGAGAAGGUGUUCAUUCAGACACCUUGAUCCUGACAAUUCAGAGAAGCCUUUCUGAACCUUGGGUUCCCCGAUACUGUUGGACUACAACUCCCAUCACCCCUGACCAAUGGUCUUGCCAGAUAGGGAUUAUGGGAGUUGUUGUUCAACAGCAUCUGGGGUCCCAAGGUUAGAAAGGCUGAAUUAGAACCUGAAAGGUUUUAAAAAGCAAAGCAGACCAUAUUGCUUCUAAGUGAGCCUGCAACCUGACCGGUAGCCAGUGUAGUAUUUUAAGGACAGAUGUAACAUGCGUCCACCAUUGUGACGUGGGUAACUUGGGUGAUGCUGCCAUAUUCUGGACCAGGUGCAGUUUUCAAACUCUCUUCACAAGCCAUACCACGUAGAGGGCACUCCAAUACUCCAAUCUUGAGAUCGACAAGGCAUAGCUCCUAUUAGCCGCUUCCUUCUUAGGUGGAUGGAAGGCAGCCGUGGUUCUACCCCUAGGAGGAGAGGGUUGAGUUUCCAGCUCCAUGCCUUACCUUGACAAUAUGAGGGCCGUUUCUCAUUAUAACUAACUGAAUUGUGGCAGGGAGUAAAAGAAAGCAGCUGGUCAUGGUUUUGUACCUCCUACAUAACCACAUCUGAGCUGCCCACAAUUUUUCACUGCCCUCUUCUGUUCAGAAGACUUCUCUUUUGCUUCAGUUGUCCACAGCAUGCAUUCCCAAAGCAGUCUCUUGAUGGCUGCAGAUUCAGUCCUUCCUGAUGCUAUGAGGAGGAUGCUUUAUCCAGUGUUGCUGAUUUCAUUUGGUCUUUGGUCGGUCUGCAGAAGCACGCCUUGGCCAUCUUGCCAGACUUUCCAUUACGAGGGAGGGUGAUGUUUAAUGGGGAAGAGGGAGCUCUGAGAUGUUCAUAAAAGGAGGCUGCCAGAUAAGUACUUUCUUGGCUUCCACAUGUAACUGCUUGCUAAAUCAAAUUAACGCUGCCCCACAGGCCAGAGUAAGCAGAGAAGGGAGCAGGUUACUAGUUCAAUAGGCAAGUUCUGUAAAAGUUGGGCCUGGCAACCAUCCAAACAGGGGUAUCGGGUGUAGACAACUUUGCAUGAAAUAAGUACAGUCGUACCUUGGAAGUCGAAUGGAAUCCAUUCCAGAAGUCCGUUCAACUUCCAAAAUGUUUGAAAACCAAAUCGUGACUUCUGAUUGGCUGUAGGAAGCUCCUGCAGCCAAUCAAAAGCCAUGGAAGCCCUGUCAGACAUUCGAGUUCCAAAAGAACAUCUGCAAUCCGGAACAAUCACUUCUGGGUUUGCGGCGUUAGGGAGCCAAAACGUCCGAGUUCCAGGGCCUUCGACAACCAAGGCACGACUGUAUUGGAAAUGCAUAAUCUAACUCUUAAAGGUGUGGUUGGGUUGUGUAUGUUUUCAAAGGGAAGAAACAAAUGCGGUCAUUUUCAACCAGUCCUUUGACUUCCAUAUCUCCAUGUCUGGGGUGGGGGACCUUUUACAGCCUAAGGGCCAUGUUCCUUCAUGGGCAGCCUUCUGGAGGCCACAGUGGUGAGUAGAGUGACAGGUAUUAUUCUUACCUUGUACAAGAAAUGUUAGUGGUUUCUAUAAACACCCCCAGCAUGCACACUCCAUCUCACAUCGCCCCCACCGUUCCAGGCAACCCAGAGUCCAAGAGCCCGUUCCAGUUGCACAGAAGCACAGUGAGCUACAGAGCAGGGCUUCUGAAGGGGGCACGGCCAUGGGGUGUGUGGCCUGGUAACAGCCCCAGGGACCAUACUGAGAGGCCUGGAAGGCCACCUUCAGGCCCAGGCCUAAGAUUCCCCACCCAAGCUCUGAAGUGCCCGGCAACAUUACUAAAAGUUUCUGCCUUCUGAUACGUAAGUGGCAGGCAUUCUUUUGAAAAGCUCUAAGGAGCACAAAUCACAGCAUCUCCCUCUGUGUGUAGGCACAUUCCAGAUCCUAGAAUACCAUGCACUCCUCAGCGACUCAUGCAUCCCAUAAUACAUUAAAGUAUCCUGAGUUUGGAGAGCAGUUUGUUUGAUUAAACUGCUGCCAGUGUGGAAAGUUGCUGGGUGGAGAGGGGGCGUGGCAUGUCCACCUACCUGAGGAACUGAAAUACACCUGGCUGGAGAUAGUCUUACCACCCCCACUCAAACUAGGCUCAAAAGUGUGAUUGUGCCACAAGGCCAGAAAGGCACCCAACUGUACAUCUUAGCCUCUGUGUCUGGGCACACGUGCCUGGAAUGCAGUGAGAUCUGGUGUGAAGAAAUGGUCGCCUUCUGUCUUUGAGCUUGGGGGUCAUGAGGCGCUUGCUCUCAUGUUGGCACAGUGCCACCCAGAGGGCACCACUGUACUAGCGUCUCUCUUUAGGCUUUGGUAGGUCUGUUGCCACCACCGUCUGAUAGCAGCACAGAGACUGGCCACAAAAGGAGAUCUGAGAUGAAUGAAGGAGAAGGGCUGGAUUCUGGUUUCAGUGCCAUGAGUUUAAAUUUUCAGAACUCUUCUGAGCCAAUGUAAAUGAUUACAAGGGGAUAAGACAACCUGCUGGAGUUGCUCAAAGAUAAAACCAUUGUUAAAUCAGAAAAGAGCAGUUUCUGAAGGCUUUUAGCCAUUUCUCAUCCUGACUGAUUCUCGUAAUAACUGCUGCUUCAGAUCUUUCAGUUCCAAUAUAUUUAUAGCAGUGAGAUUCAGUUAGUUUUAUUCUAAAUGCUUAAAAAGCUGAAAGAAAUGCCAAGCAUUCUGGAGAAGUCUCAAUUGUAAGUCUUUUUCUUUCUUUACAUAUUUAGCUCUCAGUGGUACUUCCCUGUUCCUCACUUUCUCAUAUACUUCCAGCCUUCACAGUAAUCCUUUCCACUUCUGACUACAUAAAAUACCACCACUGUCCCUCUGUUCUGUGAAAAAGCUUCACCUAUUGAAUUUCUGCCUAAUCCAUAACGUUUAUGCACAUUUUUCUAGAAAAAUGAGCAAGCCACACCACUGCAUCAUGACAAUCUACGUACAAUAUACCCAUAUUUAGAAGACUAUGUGCAGUAUUAAAACCUAUAUUUCAGCAAGUGGAGUCUAGCUAAAAACAGUGUGUUGUGGGGUAAAGUCUGCCUUUCUCACAAAGGCAAGCUUAAGACUUGCAGUGCAAGUGGUGUAUCACUCGCCAUACAGGGAAGGAGGGGUGGAGACCCUGCCCCCUCCGGCUUUUUCUUAACCCCCCCCUCCCAAUUGUGGAGGAAGAUUUAUAUCAGCUCCAUACUGGCAUCAAGGAGGAGUGGGAAGCCUGAGGCCUCUGAGACAAAUAAAGGCUGCACCUGCCUGGAUGUGGAAUGGAAUAGAAUAGAAUAGAAUAGAAUAGAAUAGAAUAGAAUUUAUUAUUUAUACCCCGCCCAUCUGGCUGGGUUUCCCCAGCCACUCUGGGCAGCUUCCAACAAAGUAUUAAAAUACAGUGGUCUGUUAAACAUUAAAAGCUUCCCUAAACAGGGCUGCCUUCAGAUGUCUUCUAAAAGUCUGGUAGUUAUUCUUCUCUUUGACAUCUGGUGGGAGGGCAUUCCACAGGGCGGGCGCCACUACCGAGAAGGCCCUCUGCCUGGUUCCCUGUAACUUGGCUUCUCGCAGUGAGGGAACUGCCAGAAGGCCCUCGGAGCUGGACCUCAGUGUCUGGGCAGAACGAUGGGGGUGGAGACGCUCCUUCAGAUAUACUGGGCCGAGGCCGUUUAGGGCUUUCAAGGUCAACACCAACACUUUGAAUUGUGCUUGGAAACACACUGGGAGCCAAUGUAGGUCUUUCAAGACCGGUGUUAUGUGGUCUCGGUGGCCGCUCCCAGUCACCAGUCUAGCUGCCGCAUUCUGGAUUAGUUGUGGUUUCCGGGUCACCUUCAAAGGUAGCCCCACAUAGAGCGCAUUGCAGUAGUCCAAGCGGGAGAUAACUAGAGCAUGCACCACUCUGGCAAGACAGUCCGCAGGUAGGGAGGGUCUCAGCCUGCGUACCAGGUGGAGUGGGUAGACAGCUUCCCUGGAUACAGGAUUGACCUGCGCCUUCAUGGACAGUUGUGAGUCCACUAGCUGCAUCAUGGAGGAAUGGUCGGAUAUAAAUGUCAGAAAAGCAAUCAAAGUAAAAAAAAAGUUUUAUCAUUGAUAAAUGAUAUGGAAAGGAAGACCAACUAUAUAAAAACCAAUCUGGUCUUCAUCAAAACACUAUUGCACAGGGUCAUCUAUUGCACAGGAAAUUAACUGCCUGCAAAUUUGGGAGAAGCAAGUGUGAGUACUUUUUCACAAAGUGUGCAAUUGGUCUAUGAAUAUAGUUGCUGCAGAAUGUUCUAAUAAUCACCAGCACAAAUAGUUUUUGAAAGUGCUACAUAAAUUUGAAUAAUUUUAUCAGUAGUUUAUCAAUCGUUUUCCAGUAGUUUUUGACUAUAAUCUGUGGGGAAAGAACCUCCAGGCAUUCCCCUUCUGACUAGUGUAUUUUACCUUGGGCAAGUAGUGAGAACAGUCACAUAACUGGGUUCUCUAAAUUUGUACUUGUAUCCAGAUAAGGCGUUCCUUCUUAUCAUUCGCUCUCACAACUUCUUUGUGUGGAAAGGAACAUCCUAAUACUGUAAAAAAGCAUUUUGCCAAACCAUUCAGUCUGUGCCAAGAGAACCCAAGAUAAAUACAUUAAAUAAUUGCUGCCACCAUCACCUCAUAAUAAAUGUGGUAAAGGGUGUGGAAAAUCAAAUGGCUGUUGCGGUAGGUAGAUAUCAAAUUCUGAAGCAGUAACUUUUGCCUUUUCAAAUUGCUUAGGGCCAACCCAAGGCACGAUGAUGCCUCAUACAAUGAAAUAUAAAUGGCACCUCUUCUUCCACUAAUGAACACCUGUGGUCUUGCCCAGCUCCUCUUCAUGUCUACACAACUCAUGCAGAAGAACUUUCCAGUGAAAAUGUCAUGGAUCAGAUCUGUCUGUCAUCAGUCUUGCCACCCUUAAUGGCAUCCCAAACCGCUACUUGACUUAAUGUAAAGACUGCUGUCUUUCUCCAAGGUUAUUUAGGAAAAAAAUGUUUGGGGAUUUACUGGGCAAACAUUGCGCUACAGUUCUCAAUUUUAUGCAGCCUCAUCAAAAAUCCCACUAAAAUUGUAAAUGCCUUGAACACUAUAAACUGAUGGCCCCGUCCAGCAAGAUUUGAUUUUAGUGCUUUCUAAAGCAAGGGAUGGGACGCAGGUGGCGCUGUGGGUUAAACCACAGAGCCUAGGACUUGCCAAUCAGAAUGUUGGCGGUUCGAAUCCCUGUGACGGGGUGAGCUCCCAUUACUCGGUUCCCUUCUGCCAACCUAGCAGUUUGAAAGCACGUCAAAGUGCAAGUAGAUAAAUAGGUACCUCUCCGACGGGAAGGUAAACGGCGUUUCCGUGUGCUGCUCUGGUUCGCCAGAAGCAACUUAGUCAUGCUGGCGUCAUGACCUGGAAGCUGUACGCCGGCUCCCUUGGCCAGUAAAGCGACAUGAGCGCCACAACCCCAGAGUCGGCCAUGACUGGACCUAAUGGUCAGGGGUCCCUUUACCUUUAAAGCAAGGGAUGACAGUGUUUGCCAGCAAUUUUCAAACACUUUGAUGGGUUUAUUCUAGUGGGAAGCCUGAGUAUUGCAGGCUAACCUUUUAGCCUAGAAUUGUAGUAUUGAAACUACUAGGGUAAGCAGAUAGGAUACAUUGGUUAUAUUGAGAGCUGUAUGAUUUAAGUUAUUGAUAACAGACACCCAGCAGUUAUUUAACCCUGAUAUCUUACAGCCAGAGACUGCAGUGCAGCAGAACUAUCACUUAAAGAAAAAGUGUACAAAAUGCCAAUGUUUCCUUUCUACUGUUUUCUGAAUAUUUUUAUGGCAAUGGUGGUAGUUUGUUUAAAAUCUGAAGGGUGUCGUGUAAGAUGCCACUUAACCAAAACAUUCAGUGCACAAAUUGUCUCUGGACUGGUGGUAAGGUUAUUUGGGAUGAAGGCAUUUGUUUAAAAAUGGCUGUUUUUGUUAACCAAGAUGCUUAUCCUUUCUCUUCUUGCUGCUUUGUUUUGCCUUAGGCUGCCUCCAUCCCAGAUCGACCAGCUAUGAAUACCAUUGAUUUGCCAACCCUAUUUGAACAUGUGGAAGGGGAGAAUUUCACUGAAACCAACUUGACUUGUGGCAGUGGAGACUGCAUCACUGUGGACUCCUUAUCAUGCCCAGCUAUGCUCAACAGAAAUGCCCUGCUUUACACCCUCUCCAUUUUUUAUAUCUUUAUAUUUAUGAUAGGCUUAGUGGCCAAUUUUGUGGUUGUCUGGAUGAACUUCCAAGCCAAAACAACUGGCUACGAAACUCAUCUCUAUAUCUUCAAUCUAGCCAUUGCCGACCUGUGUGUGAUCAUCACCCUUCCAGUCUGGGUGGUCUCCCUUGUCCAGCACAGCCAGUGGCACAUGGGAGAGCUCACUUGCAAGAUCACUCACCUCGUGUUUUCCAUCAAUCUGUAUGGGAGCAUCUUCUUCCUGGCAUGCAUGAGCGUGGAUCGAUAUCUCUCAGUGGCCUGCUUCACAACCUCCAGCAGUGUUAAAAAGAAGAGGAUCCGCCGUUGCAUCUGCAUCUUUGUCUGGCUUUUUGCUUUCUUUGUGUCUAUCCCCGAUACCCACUACCUGAAGACCGUUUCCUCCAACAAUGAGACCUAUUGCCGCCCUGUCUACCCGGAGGAGAAUGCUAAGGAGUGGCUGGCUAGCAUGGAACUGAGCUCUGUCAUUCUAGGUUUUGUCAUUCCUUUCCCCAUCAUUGCCAUUUUCUAUUGUCUCCUGGCAAGAGCCAUAUCUGCCUCUAGUGACCAAGAGAGGAAGAGCAAUGGGAAAAUAAUUUUUUCCUAUGUCAUUGUGUUUCUGGUCUGCUGGCUGCCAUACCAUGUCGUGGUCUUGCUUGACUUGUUGCUGACCUUCCAUUUCCUUCCCUUCAGCUGCCAGAUGGAGAGCUUCCUCUUUGCGGCUCUUCAUGUCACUCAGUGCUUGUCUCUGGUUCACUGCUGCGUCAACCCCAUACUCUACAGCUUCAUCAACCGAAACUACAAGUAUGAGCUCAUGAAGGCGUUCAUCUUUAAGUACUCUGCCAAAACAGGCCUUACCAAACUAAUCGAUACUUCCAGGGUAUCGGAAAUGGAGUACUCUGCUCUGGAACAAAAUGCUAAAUGAUCACAGCUUCACAAGAGACUUUUUCUGUGCUCUGUCUUUAGCUGGACAAUAAAUUUGACCUAAUAUAAUACAAAUACAAACAUGACUGUGCUUUUUUUGGAAGAAAUCAUGUACCACCAAAAGACUGCAUUUUAAAUGUUUUCUUGUGCUUUUUCUGCCAUUAGCUAGUCCACACUGUUCAGUUAUGCUAUUGGGAGUGGGAGGGAAAUAUAUAGUAAACAAAGCUAUGUUGUGGUAAAGAUGUUCCUUAUUUUAUUAUAUCCCAGUUGGGGAGCAGAUAGCCCUUUCCCUAGCUACCUUGACUUCACUGUAUACAUUUUUACAGUGUGUAUUUAAAGAAAGCAGACCUCUAUUUUAUUGCUUUUGCAAUUAUACUGGAAAAUCAAAUAUAUUUAAUCAUGCAUUUGAAGCUUCUUGUCAUCAAAUAUAUAAUGCUGUCCUUUUAAUGUUAGAAUUCCAUUCAGUUUACUGUUGUAAGAGUAGUACUUAUAACAAUUGUUAAAUGAAAAAUAUAUGUUCUUCUCUUCUAAGAUGGCCUUGGCAAUUUUUUUGUGGCAAUAUAGUUGUAAUUUAGAUUUUUUAAAAAUAUAAUGCUCAUUAUACCAUGUGAUUAUUGUGUAAAGAUGUGUUUCAAAACCCUCACACACUUAUUUCAUUCAGUGUCCCAGCUCCUUAUUUGUAAAUUAUUUUUUGAAAAAAUAAAUAUAUUUG